GGGCAGCAGCGCGCAAGUCGCGCGGGCGAGCGCCCUCGCGCGCUAGGGACGGGCGAGCGUGUGUGUGCGUGGGUUGUGAGAGAGAGGGAGUUGGUCGAGGGACGAGGGUGGGGCCACGCCGCGACGGGAAACGUACUCCUCGCCCCUGUUCUCGGACUGUGGUCAUCGCGCUUCUUCGUAUGUCUAUCAUCUCUUUCAAUCCCAUCGUCCAUCUGUUACUGUAUCAAGCCGUUUAACCAUCCGUCUUUCAUGUGUAGCCUGGUGAUGGUCACUGACGGUUUCCAUUUACGAUCGGUGAUUCGGACAUCCCAUCAUCCUCUCUCCGGCCGCGAGGUUCCUCGGAGGGUUUGGGUCCGGAUCGGUGAUGGCGAGGCGAAGGCUCAGCCACAAAGGAGCGAUGGUUUGAUGACGUCGCCUCGGGAAUGUCGCCUCUGAGUGACUGACGAGACGAGAGUUUGGCGGGAACAGGGAACGAAGCGAUCGGCGCCGAAGCACCGUGGUGCGAAUUUUCGUUCAAAUUUUCGGCGCCGCUGUAAAUCAGCACAAUGCCGGCGAGCGCCGCCGCGUCGGUGGGAACUGCUUCACCGGCGAAGCAGGGUGUGCUAGAGAUUCUCAGAAGGGUGGAGGUCGGCUAUGGUGGCGCCUGCACUUUAUUAGCGUAGUUGUGGGGUCGUUGGGUGUCCCGGCAAAGUCGCGGAUAGACAUGAUACUGCGGAGGAAAAUGGUCUGUUGAGCUUGUUGGUCGAAGAAGGGGACGCUCAGGAGGAAGUCGGAAAAUAUUCUCCGACUUUUUUUGGCGAACUUGUCUCCCAUCUGUCCGCAGAGGAGGAAGGUGAAACUCGCGCGCUGCAUUCGCAAGGAGCGAUUCGGCGAAGAAUUGAGCCAUCAAGACAACGAGGGAAUUUGAGAGAGAGAGAGAGAGAGAGAGAGAGAGAGAGAGAGAGAGGAGGCGUGGGGAAGGAAAGGGACAUUGCAUUUGUUUUUGGGUUGGCACUGGCCACGGCGGGAAUGGCGAGGGCGGGCUGAAUGGAGGAGAGGUAGGACAAGGGAGGAAGGGCAGCAGGAUCGAGUGGGUUAGUGCCGUGGAAAGUCGGAGAAAGGGGCUGAUUGCGUCGGAGGUCACGAGCGACGGCGAGAGGAGUGUGAGGAAGAAGCGAUGCCGUGGAGGUUGAGAAAGAGAUCUUUCUAGGGGUUGCAGCGGAGCGUCCAGUUGCGUGAAUGGUUCCUGCAUGUGUACAGGGCGCCACCUAGCGACUUUCAGUCUUCGACGUGGCGCUUUUGGAGCGGAGGGGGCGAGGCAGCGAAGAUCUAUAGAUGCACCGGGAGGGUUCCUGUUCGAAUGGUGGUCCGUGUUUUGGGACAUCUUCAUUGCAAGGACGAACGAGAAACACUCCGAUGUGGCGCACUCUUACCUCGAGCAGCUGAAGGCGAGAGAACAGGCACAGCAACAGCAGCAGCAAGCGCAGCAGCAAGCGCAGCAGCAAGCACAGCAGGCUCAGCAGCAGGCGCAGCAGCAGCAAGCUCAGCAGCAGCAGCAGGCGCAGCAACAACAAGCUCAGCAGCAGCAGCAGGCCCAUCAGCUGCAGCAGCAUGCACAGCUGCAGCAGAUGCUGCACUUGAGGCAACUACAACAUAGGAGGGAGCUGGCAGCUGCUGCGGCUAACGGGGGGGGACCGAACGGAAUAGGCGGGACGACGGAUAACUUGCUGAGGCCUUCGGCUACGGCGCUGGCGACGAAGCUUUAUGAGGAUCGACUGAAGUCUGGGAGGGCAGAGGGUCUGGCACUCGAUGAGCCGACGUUGAAGAGAUUCGGAGGUGACAGUGGAUCUGCACAGCUUUUGGAUCCUAGUCAAGCUGCUGCUCAGGCUGCAUUGUUGAAGACGGUGCAACCAACGUUGACUGUGUCCUCAGGAAUCAGUGGAUAUGACUCUAUGGGUUUGAGGCAUAUACUUGCAAACGCUGGGCAGCAGGCAAGGAAUCCUCAGCUCCUGUCAACAGCAGGGCUAGGACAGGAUAUCAAGAAUGAGAUGCAUCCCCUUCUAACACCUCAGGGGAGGUCUCCUGGUGCAGAUGGAGGACUCUUUGGGAUCGGAAAUGUUGGCCAGACAAAGCCGAGCUUUCUCCCAGGGGUCAAUGUAAAUCCUGGUGGAAGCCCACAAAUUCAUCUGAAGAAUGCAUGGCCUCUUGGUAAUAUUGACCAACUGAGACCCGGAAUCACUCCUCAAAGCCCAAGGAUAUUUCAGACAGGGAAUAUAUCGCACAUACUUACGCCACAGCAGCAUCAGCUACUGGCACAGGCACAUGCUCAACAGCAUAACAUAUCCUCGGCAGCUGUUUUGAGCGAGUUAGAGGCGAAGAGGGUCAAACACUUGCUGAAAGGGGGUGGAGUUGGGAAGGAUGGCUCAAAUGGAGUCAACCAAGGGGUUGAUGUAGCACAAGGUGUGGGCUCUCCUGGUUUGCAGGCUGCGUCACCGAUGCAGAGGAGCUCGACAGACCAAGAUCUAUUCAAGUAUCAGGUACAGAGGGGUGUGGGACCCCAACAAGUAACAGCUGCACAGCUGCAGGCAGCUCAGGCUCAGCAGCAAGCUGCACAUCAGCAGGUACACCAGCAGGUGGCUGCCCAGCAACAGCAGCAACAGCAGCAGCAGCAGCAGCAGCAGCAACAGGAUCGUAUCGGUGGAGUUGAAGGGGUACAUGUCACUCAGGCUUUCCGUGGAAAUGAUCAGGUUUACGGUGCGUUAGAGCCAUCACCAAGCACAACGAGCACGGGAGCGCCAAAGUCUUCUGUGAUGAGUCAGCAGAAGAGUGUUUCAAAGUCAACAUCGGGAAGGAAACGCAAACAGCCAGCAACUUCGUCAGGCCCGGCCAACAGCACAGGCACAGCAAAUACUGGGACAGGACCCUCCCCUACAUCAGCCCCUUCUACGCCGCAUACUCCUGGGGAUGUCAUGUCGAUGAGUAUGGGUGCUGUGAGUGGACUUCAUCAUUCGAGUAGCAUGAGCAAUAAGCACACCGCUCUUAUGUUUGCAGCCGAUGGAACAGGGGGCCUUACAUCCCCAACCAAUCAAUUGAACGAUGAUAGGUUUGCAGAAGAUGCGUCAUUGGAUGACAAUGUUGAAUCCUUCCUGUCGGCAGAGGAGGCAGAUCCAAGGGACUCGCUAUUUGGAAACAGCAAAAGAAGCCCUGCAGGGCACAACAUGGAUAUUGCCAAAGGUAUGACAGGUUUUUCCUUCAAGGAGGUGCAGACUCUUUCUGGGAGUGCGAACAAAGUGGUCUGCUGUCACUUCUCCCAGGAUGGCAAGAUGCUAGCUAGCGCGGGGCAUGACAAGAAGGUGAUCUUAUGGGGAAUGGAGCAAGGGAAAGAAACGUUUGAGUUCAAACACUCCUGGGAUGAGCAUACAAACUUGAUCACUGAUGUCCGGUUCAGUCCCAAUUCGUCCAAAUUUGCUACGUCAUCGUUUGACAAAACUGUACGAGUAUGGGACCCAAAUAAUGCAAACUACUCAGUCGUAAGCUUGGAGGCACCGCACACCGCAGCUGUAAUGUCCCUGGAUUUUGUAAAUGAUGAUGCGCUGGUGACUUGUGACAGUGACAGUGAGAUGAGAUACUGGAACUUCAGCCAGAAUGUUUGCCAGAGAUUAGUCAAGUCGGUUGCAUCUACACAAGUUCGGUUUCAACCGAGCUCUGGAGGCACAAGGAAAUUGCUCGCAGCUGUGCAAGAAUCUGUAGUUGCGAUUCUUGAUCUUGAAACGGAAGGGCAUCUAGCGACGCUCAAGAGGCCAAACAUUAAGAGUGUACACUCGGUCUGCUGGAAUGCAACGGGAGAUUGCCUUGCAGCAGUUAGUGAGGAUGGUGUGAGGAUAUGGUCAGUCGGUUCUUCGGGGCUCAACGGAGAGCUGGUUCACGAGUUAAUGAGUAGCAGUGCGAACAAGUACCAUUCUUGCGUCUUUCACCCUACAUACCAGUCGUUGCUGGUUAUUGGCUGCUAUCAGUCGUUGGAGCUUUGGAAUAUGGCUGAAAACAAAAGCAUGACAGUGAGUGGCGCUCAUGAAGGUUUGAUUGCAGCGCUGGCCCAGUGUCCAGCCACGCAAAUGAUUGCUUCAGCCAGCCACGACAAGACGGUGAAGUUGUGGAAAUAGUUGGUUCGGAUGUAAUGGCGAUCGCCAAUCUGCGAUUGCCCAAUUUGUUAGUUCAUCUCCUCCCUGUGAUUUUCAGGGUAUUUUUAAAGGUGGUCAGUCCUUGUGAUUUUUAUUCUUGUUCCCUUUUCCUGUACACACUUCAUAUUCAAUUCGAAAUCACUCCGGGUCAGGCUAUAAUGACAAUCAAGGUCAGGCUGACCGUUCUCUUCUGAGGCUAUGAUUCGUACUGCGUCUCGGAGUACGAUGAUUGAAAGAUUGCAAUGGGGCAUUUCCACAAGGCAAGAUAACGGUGGGUAGUUAUGGUGGUGCGGAUGAGCUUCUAAUAUGCAGGGGGAGAGCAAAGGGCAGCCUCAUUUUUGACUGUUUUCGGAGUAGCCGAAGCCUCUAGCAGGACUGUGUUCUGCCGGGCUUGCUGGUGAGAUGAACUGGGGGACAGGGGGAGAUGGAGGUAAAAAAGGUGACAAUUUUGCUGCUGGAGUUGCUGGACUGACAGGGGGACUCUGAGGGACCUGUUUUCAUGCGAAGUUUCAGGAUGGCGGUGAGUCGGUGUAGCUGCACGGACUGCAAGAUGCCUGCUGUAGGUCGUGAGUAGCUCCAUCCCACCUUAUUCCAUUCAUACCCACCUCUAUGGAUUGUUAUUGUCACCUUGCUUUUGUUCCAUUACGUCUCGUCUUAGCUUGAUCAUAUUGAUAGGAAAGGUUGUUUUGUAAACGUCAGUCAGACCGGUGGAGUUGUAGGAGUGUCUGUCUGCAGCAUGUGCAAGCCACUACUCUGUAAGCUAUACGGUGCCUGCAACAGAAUUAGUUGGGUUAGGGUGUGAAGUUGGCGGUUGAUUUGUGGCUUGGACUACAACCUUUGUGGCUUGAACUACAACCGACGGAAAAGGAGGGUGAGGUGGCUACGGCCCACUUCUAUCCUGGGCAUUUCGUCUUCUGCCAUGUACGGCUCAGCUUGUAAAUCUAUUAUGGGUCAAUGUGCACAGGAGACCCAAUGCAGCUGCGGCGUAUUUCACGACGUUGUGUUGCGUAUUGAAGAUCUUACUUUGCACGUGGGAGUGCUCUGAGAUGAGCUUCCUUCCACUGCUUGUGCUACUUGCUUCUGAAGCAGUGAUCUGGGCACGGCGAUCACAGGCGGCUUUCUAUAGUGGGAACAUGCUAAUGUGAAUUUUUGGUAUUUUUCUUUCCGCAUGCAUUGCAGUGGGACCAAGUCUGUCCAGAACGAGGAAAAAAGGGUCUGAAAAGCCUCCUAGCGUGUUUCUCUUCUCUGCUUGCAUGGGUCGACGGGGCGAUAGAAGCAGUGUGAAGUGGUUGGGGCAAAAGGAUAGGGGUUAGCAGCAGUAGCAUGUCCAUUCAUGGGCGUGAAACCAUACAGCAUUCUCUUGGGGGUAUAUUGCAUCUUCCUGUAUCGUUUUGGCAUCGGAAAGCGGUUGUGGGUGCGCUUCCCUUCCUCACUUUCUACUACAUCAUCCAUUUCUGUUCUUUAUUACUUCAAGCUUGUGCUUUCCUUCCCGUCUUUCGGUGCGAUGCCUUUCUGGAGGAUGUGCUUGGGAAUUUGAGCGAGCAGGAGCUCUGACCGCAGUUUGCUUCCUUGAGGCAGGAUGCAAAAUCGGAGCAAGAUUGUCUCAGUUCCAUUGCGUGCUCUCUCUUGCAGUCGUGGUCGUCAAAAGACCACCUGUACGAGUCUUUUCAAGAGGGUAUGACCGCACGUGCUGUGGUGAUUCUGGGAGAUUUUCAACCCAUGUCCUCUCUUGAAUUCCUGUUUGGUGGUGGUUCUAUCUUUGAAACUUUUGGAGAGUGUUGUAUACGGUUAUCUUCUGAUUGUGAGCUGUUUUCUAGGAGUUCUAUAAUUCGGGCCGGAUGUUUGCUCGUGAUGGUCCUCUGCAUAACCUGUGGGAUCUGACUGGCUUUGUCCUCCAGUGCGGUCCCGAAAGCGGGUGCCAUCCACUUCGAUUCGGUCGGAGUAGUGGUAGUCCAGUUCUGGUCUAUUCUUUGCCAGGCUGUCCCCUUCUGCCAUUCUUCGGCUGUUGGCAUGGGCCAUGAGAAUAGGGCAGGUGUUUGACCCCACAAGGAGGGAUGGGGAGCACCCUUUGGUUAUCUAGAGAAUGCACGUGGUACAACAGAUGAGCCACUUUUGUCUCUGCGCCGGUCUCGUCUGUUCACACCUGGGCAUCCCUCUGUGCCAGAGGUGAUGAUGUCGCCGCCGCCUCCUGGAAGAGGGGGGGGAAAGACUCUUCGGUCAAUUUCGUUUGUAUAUUUACAAAUUUGCAAUUCACCUCUCCCAUUUCAUCUUCUCUCCUGGCUGUCUUUUCGAUCAGUUUCUCUCAUUUGCGUGCCGCUGUCUUGUGAGUGGCUGGAAUUGAUGAUGUGUCCUUGGUGUUGCUGGAAUUUUCCUAGGCAGUGCUUUGGCUGUGAUGAGCUGGCAGGAACCUGAAAAACUUUAUCUUCUCCUCGCAUGAACCUGAAAGCAGAAUCACUUCAGCGUGACACGACUUCAAAAAAAGGUCACCCUUCCAUCUCUUUGUUGGCACAAGCUCAGUGUUCUUUCUGUACCUCUGUUGAGGGAAGUGCGGAGGAGCAUGUGAUGCUCACAGGGAGACGUAUACCUUGUCUAGGUGCUCGUCCUGCAAUAGAUUGGAGAGCAGCAGUUGGUCGACGUUCCCUUCAUUAUGACAGGGAGAGGAACAUUUGAAGCGUGUUGAUCUUUGUGCUUCACUAUUCCAUGUGCAAGAGGGUGAAUAGCAUGCAAGCUAGAUGCCACUCUAGUCCAACCGUCUUUCUUGGACAGCAACCGGCUCUCCUACACACUCUUUUCUCCCUCUUUGACUGUGGCUCCACCAAAGGUAUGGUCCUACGACGUCACUAGGAGCCAAUCCAACCAUGGCACGAGUACUGGAACCUCUGGGCUGCUUCGCCCAAAAAAACCAGCACUGCCUCAUUGCUGUCGCCGCUGCAUAGAAGAUGGGGAAUUCUGCACCACAGAUCGAGGAGCCAAUCCAACCAUGUCAGCAGUACUGGUUCAAAGAGUAGUCGCUCUCUUCGUCCAUUGUGUCUUUCCUCAAGGUGUUGAUAAGGUGGGAGGGAGCGUACCAACGGGGUCGAAGUAAUUUGAAAGCGGGUCUCUCUGUAUAGUUGUUGAGCCACCCCGUUGUGGAAAGACGAGUUUCUUCUCAGAGCGCAGGUCCUUUUUUCGUUUCGCAUGUUUGUUGUACCACAGGUGGGCAAUUUCAAACUUUCCAACCAUUAGGUGUGCUAUCGGUUGUCUGUUUCACCGUCAUACCUACUUGAUUAUGAAGCGCCUCUAAAACGUAUCACGCACACUGUUUACUUCUCUAAUUGCUUUUAAAACACGUCUCCUCCUGCCAGCCGUACACAUAUAGAGUGUGGAUGUAUGCAAGCUGUUUGACUAGUACUGUGCGUGCAGUGUGGCCUUCCGAACAGAACUCCCUUGCAUGUGGACUUAAUUGCAGUUUGAUUCAUCCAGAUCUGAACUUCAUUGCAGUUCUCGAUUCAUCCAGGUAUCACCUUGCGUGUGGCCAGGAUAUGCGGACAAGGUACUACUAAGUAAUCAGCAGCGCACCGUGUGUUCAGAUUCACAUAUGACGCAUUUCUGCCAACGAACUCAGCGAUUGGGUGUGCCCAGUCCCAGAGAUGGUGCAAUUGGCAUUUCUUUCUGUUCUUUUUUUUGUUUUUGUUUCCCCCGCCCCACCCUCUUUCGACGUGCAACGGUUUCCACUAUUUGUUGUAUCGGGCAGUGUACAUGGUUCACAGUUGUUGCUCGUCUCUUGACUCUCAUUUCACCUGUGUGUGAGCCGAGGAGCACUAUGACGGUCGAGUGCCAACAAUCCUUUAUAAACAAAAAAGACGACAGCUAUUGGUUUUCUGGGUGGCGGCAUCUGUUACAGAGACUAGGGAGGGUGGGUACCUGGACGUGCAGGGAGCGUGAGGAGAGAUCAUUGGGUAUUGUCUACUAUAAUGCAUGAGGAAAUUAAUUGCCCUCUCAUGUGAUGUUAAGUAAACAUUGGAUAGCGGUGCCAAGUCAGAAUUGCCUUUUCGAAUGAGAACAUGUCAAGUCAUGUACUCUCAUUCUGAAUACCAGUCUCCCCUUUCAGGAUAAGGCCACCAGACUGGCUACAUUGCGAGUGGCAUGCACAUUCGCGGCACCCUCGGUGCGUAAUGUAUGCGGGUUAUGCAAGGAUAUGGCACGGGUGCAGGAUGCGGUCUUGGACUCGAUUGGAUUGGUGGAAGAGAUCUCGUAACCUUCAUUUUGCUAAGAUGAGAUGGUCUCAGGUCAUUGUUGUUGACAACAACAAGAUUAGUGGUAGUGAAAGAAAGCGGAAGUCGAUGGUCCCCACUUUCAAAAAGGCAAAUUAGCGAAAGAAAGCGAAAGUCGACGAGUUUUUCUGUUCCGUCGUUCAAAUGCUUGUUGUGAGAAUAGUAGGGCUUAAGAGAGACCCUUGAAGAUGCGCGCCUCUCACAGGAAUCUUCCCCCUGGACGGGUUGCUUAGGUCGUAUGCCUGCUUUCUGAAUUGCUGUAAUGGUACCUUGACAAUGGUAUGUUUUUUUUUAGUUGCUAGUUGACGAGUAAUUCUAGCCUUUCUUCGAUUGCUAGUUGACGAGUAAUUCUUAGGGACACGAGGGGGGACUAUGGUAGCGAAGUUACCUUUCACCAAAAGACAUGCUUCGGAAUGAGUCCCUGUUUUCUGGACUUGCUGUGUCCAUGUGUACAGUACGUGAGUUAUUGACAGAUGCGAAUGUAGACAGCCGCAAGGGUCAGGUGCAGUGCUUUUUGUACUGUAGUUCAAUGUGGUAGCAAUUUUACCCAGGUCAUUUGCACGUGUAUGAAGACAGCCACAAGGGUCAGGUGCGGUGCUUUUUGUGCUGUAUUUUGCGGUGCUAGCAUUUUUCACCCCUGGGUCGUCCGUACACAGGAAUGUAGACCGCCACAUAUGAUGAAGUUCUCGAGUGCUUUUGCGUUUUCGAUGUUAGCCUGCCUUGUGGACGGGUGUGUGCCGUUCACUUGUUUUAUCCCGAAUGCCACCAAAAUACUUUUUGCUCAUGUUUAAUUGGAAAGUCUGUCUGUAGGUACUGGCACACUUUGUGUGGGGAGGCAUUUGUCGAAGGCAGUAGUUCCUAAGAGACCCCUCCCAUAUGCAUGCUUGUACGAGAGCGCCGUCUUGGGUGCCGUCUUGGUACCGUGGGCAAGGCUUUUUUUUCCGGUCGCAACUCCUUCCCACCAGUUUUUUGAAGAUCGCCGCGAGAACAAAGGUAGGUGAAACUACUUCAAUGCGGGUUGUCCCAGGACCCAUGCUGCUCGAUCUCCAGGCUCUGUUCUCCUUCGUUACAUCAGCCAUCCUGUCUUUUCACAAUUUCGGCAACACAUAAUGCAGAUUGUGGUUGACGAUGGCGUUUCUAGGAAGUGUGACUACUUAGCGUCGUUUACGGACGUCAUCGGUCUCUGUUUUUUGUUUUCUUUGUUUUUUAAAUGAUGGAAUGGGAAUGGUGAAGCAUGGGGUGCUUUUGUUGCUGAUUGUGGAAAUCCAACAAUGAUGGGCGAAUGAUGGUCGAAUUUAGUUGUUGGUCUUAUAAGGUGCAAUGUUGAUAGUUUGCAAAAUGAAAGCUGCGUUGGUAC